CUCUUCCUCCACUGCCCCUCAGCAUGCUGCAGCAAGGCCAGUAUAUGCUGGCUCCAACCUGUCCUGCCUACUGUGGAGGCUUCUGGGCACUCAGGCUGCAGCCCCGAGGCAGCGGCGUGGAGCCGAGGCCUUGGUGGCCCCCCUCUUGUGCCAGGUGCAGAGUACACAGUCGGAGCAGCCGCCGGGGCGCCGGAGUCGCGGGCCCCGAGACUGGGAUGAACGCCAGCGCGGGCGGUGGCGGCGGCGGCGGGGACAGUGGCAGCAGCAGCAGCAGCUCGCAGGCCUCCUGCGGGCCUGAGUCCUCGGGCUCUGAACUGGCCGCAGCGCCGCCGGCACCUCGGAUGCUGCAGGGACUCCUUGGCUCUGACGAUGAAGAACAGGAAGAUCCCAAAGACUACUGCAAGGGCGGCUACUACCCCGUGAAGAUCGGCGACCUGUUCAAUGGGCGCUACCACGUGGUUCGCAAGCUGGGCUGGGGCCACUUCUCCACCGUGUGGCUCUGCUGGGACAUCCAGCGCAAGCGCUUCGUGGCACUCAAAGUGGUCAAGAGCGCAGGGCAUUACACGGAGACAGCUGUGGAUGAGAUCAAGCUCCUGAAAUGUGUGCGGGACAGUGACCCCAGCGACCCCAAAAGAGAGACCAUUGUUCAGCUCAUUGAUGACUUCAGGAUCUCAGGAGUUAAUGGAGUCCAUGUGUGCAUGGUACUGGAGGUGCUGGGCCACCAACUCCUCAAGUGGAUCAUCAAGUCCAAUUACCAGGGCCUGCCUGUACCGUGUGUCAAGAGCAUCGUGAGGCAGGUGCUUCAUGGCCUGGACUAUCUGCACACCAAGUGCAAGAUCAUUCACACGGACAUCAAGCCCGAGAACAUCCUGCUGUGUGUCGGGGACGCCUACAUCCGGCGUCUGGCUGCCGAGGCCACGGAGUGGCAGCAGUCGGGGGCCCCACCCCCAUCCCGCUCCACAGUCAGCACUGCCCCCCCGGAGGUCUUGCAGACUGGUAAGCUGUCCAAAAACAAGAGGAAGAAGAUGAGGCGUAAACGGAAACAGCAGAAGCGGCUGCUGGAGGAGCGUCUGCGAGACCUGCAGCGGCUCGAGGCCAUGGACACAGCGGCCGAGGACUCCACCUUCAGGCUCGAGGGGGGCAGCGGCUCCACGUCUUCUUCCGGCUGCCACGCCGGGGGCCCCAGGGCUGGCCCCUCUCCAGCCUCCUCGUCCCCAGCCCUGGGGGGCGGCCGCAGCCUCAGCACCGGCUCACAGACCUCAGGUUUCUCGGGCUCCCUCUUCUCUCCUGCCUCUUGCUCCAUCCUCUCAGGCUCAUCCAACCAGCGUGAGACCGGGGGCCUGCUGUCACCCAGCACACCCUGUGGUGCCUCUAAUCUCCUGGUGAACCCACUGGAGCCUCAGAAUGCAGACAAGAUUAAGAUCAAGAUCGCUGACCUGGGCAACGCCUGCUGGGUGCAUAAGCACUUCACUGAAGACAUCCAGACUCGGCAGUACCGGGCUGUGGAAGUGCUGAUCGGUGCCGAGUAUGGGCCCCCGGCGGACAUCUGGAGCACAGCAUGCAUGGCCUUCGAGCUGGCCACCGGUGACUACCUAUUCGAGCCUCACUCUGGAGAAGACUACAGCCGUGAUGAGGGUAAGGCAGGCAGGCUGGCUCAGACACGGCCGGGGAACGAGGCCAGGCCUGGCGUGCCUGCCAACUUCUUCUUGCCCACAGACCACAUUGCCCACAUCGUGGAGCUUCUGGGAGACAUCCCGCCAGCUUUUGCCCUCUCUGGCCGCUAUUCCCGGGAGUUCUUCAACCGCAGAGGACAGCUGCGGCACAUCCACAAUCUCAAGCACUGGGGCCUGUACGAGGUGCUGAUGGAGAAGUACGAGUGGCCGCUGGAGCAGGCCACGCAGUUCAGCGCCUUCCUGCUGCCCAUGAUGGAGUACAUCCCGGAGAAACGGGCCAGCGCCGCCGACUGCCUGCAGCACCCCUGGCUCAACCCCUAGGCACCUCCGGGGCUGCCGCAGCUCCACCUCGGGGCCAGCUCAGUGCCUUGAGGGAAAGCCAGACCCUCUCCCACUCCCAGGGCAGGGGCUGCCGGGUGCCCUGCCCAAGGCCCUCCUGAGUGUGUGCAUCUCUUUCUUAAUAAAGUGUCGCCUAAACAGCA